UGAGUCAGCGUGGGGAGGAGCGGCUGAGGGCAGGGCUGUGGAGACGCGGCUCUCUGGGUGCCGGUGGGGACCGUAGAUAAGGCGGGCAGAGCCGGCGGGCGAGCUGCUGAAGCCUUUGGUGACUCUGCCAGUGCUGCCUUAGGUAGCAUCUUAAGCAUCCAUUAUCAAAAAUGAGGUGCUCUGUGGUAAUUCUCGGCCUGUUUGUGGUCCUUACAAGUGCCCGUAAUGUUCCAUACUUCCCUCCUCUCUCUCCUGACUUAGUGAACUAUAUCAAUAAACUCAAUACUACAUGGAAGGCUGGACACAACUUUGCCAAUGCUGACAUGAGUUAUGUGAAAAAGUUGUGUGGCACCUUCUUGCAUGGCCCCAAACUGCCCGAGAGGUUUGAAUUUGCUGGUGAUUUGGUCUUGCCACAAAACUUUGACUCAAGGCAACAAUGGUCAAACUGCCCAACCAUUAGGGAAAUCAGAGACCAAGGCUCUUGUGGUUCCUGCUGGGCUUUUGGUGCAGUUGAAGCCAUGUCAGAUCGGGUUUGUGUCCAUACUAAUGGCAAAGUGAACGUGGAAAUUUCUGCUGAAGAUCUGCUCUCUUGCUGCGGGUUUGAAUGUGGGAUGGGCUGUAAUGGAGGUUAUCCUGCAGGAGCAUGGAGAUACUGGACUGAAAAAGGCUUGGUGUCUGGUGGGCUUUACGACUCACAUGUUGGCUGUAGACCAUAUUCUAUUCCACCCUGUGAGCAUCACGUCAAUGGGACUCGACCCCCAUGCACUGGAGAAGGUGGUAACACCCCUGAAUGCAUCAAAACAUGUGAAGCUGGUUAUUCUCCUUCAUACAAGAAAGACAAACAUUAUGGAGUGACUUCCUAUAGUGUCCCUGGCAAUGAGAAAGAAAUAAUGGCUGAGAUUUACAAAAAUGGACCAGUGGAGGGAGCCUUUACCGUUUAUUCUGACUUCCUCAUGUACAAAUCAGGUGUCUAUCAGCAUGUCUCUGGUGAACCUGUUGGUGGCCAUGCAAUCCGAAUUCUUGGCUGGGGUGUUGACAAUGGCACACCAUACUGGUUGAUAGCUAAUUCCUGGAAUACAGACUGGGGUGAAAAUGGCUAUUUCCGAAUCCUCCGUGGGCAAGAUCACUGUGGAAUUGAGUCUGAGGUUGUAGCUGGAAUCCCUCGCACAAGCCAGUAUUGGAAGCAGCUGUGAUAAUCCUGCCAGCUGAAUGGCACAUAAUCAUAUACUUAUGAAGAUAGACAUGGUGGCAAUCCUUUGCUCUAAGACAUUUUAGCUGUCAGGAUUUUUUUAAAAAGCCUUUAACAUUUUUUUAAAAGAAUACAAUACAGGUGUCACUAGCAGGCUGUCUUUUUGUCUGAAGCAUGAGGCUUUCUAAUUUUUAUUCAACAAUUUUUCAUGACUGGCAAGACAGAAUGGCAAGCACGUUGAGAUGAAACUGGCUGUAUUAAAUGAAAUACCUCUAAAGGAAUCAAACUACAUUUCACUAACAGAAGAGCAUGAUUAGAAACAACCUUAACCCCUGGUUAAGAUGUUGAGGAUGCUGUUUGCAGUGGUUUUAAUUUUAGCUUCUGCAUAUUGAUGCAUCACCCGUCAGAUAAGAGUGUAGGAUCAUGGAAUCUCAGGGUUGGAUUGUUUUGAGUUUAAUCCUUCGUAAACAUUGUGCAAAGUGGUAAAGAGGAUUCUCUCCCCUACCCCCCACUUUCUUUCUCAAGCACUCACUUUCAGGAAAAAGUAAAUAGAAAGGCUAAAAUAUUUACUGCUUAUUUACUGUAUGGAUGGUGAGGUUUAUGCCUAAAUUUCAAAGAAACUUUAAGAGGAUGCCCUCAUGGUAGCAGUCCUAAUUCUUCUCUUCAUAAAUUCUCAAUCUCAAUAUAUGCUUCAAUAGUGAGAAGAUAACUGACCAAACUGACCAAAUAGUCAAAAUAGACAAAACGUCUGAAUCUGUUGUAACUUUAUGCAUUGAACUUUAGUUCCUUGAUAAAUUUGGCUAGGUGGGAUUAUAGGAUCAUGAAAUUUCAAGUUAAAUUUAAAUUAAAUGGAAUUUCAAAUAGUUGCAGAAGCAGAAACGCACACGUACACAUAAAGAGGGAACUUUUAUGUGUACCUGUCAUUUAAGUUUGAUUCCUGAAACUGGGCAUUUGCACUAACUGGUCCUGCACAUAUGCAUGAUUUAUUUCAUUUUUUAUGAUUGUAAAUGAUAAAUGAU